AUGCCGGCCAUCUCCAAAAGAGCCUUUCCGUCCUCCCAGUUCAUGGAAUUGAGCUUCUUUCGUGCCUCUGCUUCUCUGUUCUCCCAUUCCCAGAGUUUUUUCUGCUCCGCCAGCUCUUUUUCGGAUCCACAUCCCCAGACCUCCAGAUUGGUGAUCUCGAAGCUGUGUUCAAACUCGGGCACUGUUGAUGAAAACACGGACCCUGUCCGGUACGUGCCAGGAAUGGCCAGGUGCCGGAAACUGGCAAUCUCCAUACCAGCUUCAAUGGUGAGCGACACCUCUCCCGGUCUGAUCUGUCGCGGCGACAGCUGUGCAAUAAAACAGUGUUCGUCGCCAAAGCACUCGCCGUUGCUGAUUCUCCACGGCCGUUCCAUGUACACCAUAAACACGCACUGGUCGCUGUCUGGGGCAGGCAAUUUUGGAGAGUCCGCGUGGGAUGCGUGGAAACGCGGGUACUCAGACAUGAAAGCUGUGUAUUUUUUAUUUUGGGGAGCUGGCUCUGACGACGGCUGGAUCUGGAUGGUUUUACCCGACACCAGGAGGAUUGUUGGCGCAUUCCACUUGAACACUUUGGACUCCAUGGACCGCAUGCUGAACCCGGACUCUGCCCCCACAAAUAGUUUGCGAAGCCGCUGGUACACCAGAUCUGGGGGCAGGAUGGUGGCAAGCUCUGCGAGCAUGGAAUGGGUGAGGAUCCGCGACUCUGAAAAGUCCAGACGGCGGAGGGCCACCGGCGUGGUGUAUAAGAGCGAGUCCAGGAUAUGGUGGAGCGGAUCGAGCAAGUGGGGCAUGGAGCCGUUUGCAAGAGACGUUCCUAUUAUUCGUUCGAAAGCGUUGAACGGGAUCUUCCUUUUUUGGUCGUCAGACUCAAAUUGUUCGGAUAACGGUAACGUUGGGUUCAAGGACAAGCUAACGGGGGAGACGAAGAGCAGAAAGGCGAUGAAACGCAGGAACUUCGGCGCAGAUAGCUGGUAUUUGGAGACCCCAAGCCCGUCAAACGAUUGCACCUGCGGAAUAAGAAUCCAUUGCAGCUUAUCGUUGGAGUACACCACAUCGAUUGGGUCCUCAACGGGCUGUGAUUUUUCCGACUUUUCACUAGGCUCGUCCAGCUGGGCGCCAAAACUCAACGCAAGGUAA